AUGAAGAUAAUUAUUUGUUUAUUGUGCCUGGCGUGCAUUUGCGAUGCGACGCUUCUGAAGUUGUUGGCUGGAGUUGGAGGGGGAAGCAGCGCGGCAAGUAGUAGUGGUGGCAGUACCGUUACUUACGAUGUUGUAGCAAAUCCCUCAGGUGGUGGAGGAGGAGGAGGAGGCGGUCACGGUGGCGCGGCGGGUUCAGGUCAUGGUCAUUCUCAUGGGCCCAGCUAUGGAGGUGGCGGCUCAUAUGCUGACCAUCAUGGUCACUCUCAUGGAUCUAGCUACGGUGGCUCGUAUGCCGAACAUCAUGGCCAUUCUCAUGGAGGUUCAUAUGGUCAUUCUCAUGGAUCUAGUCAUGGUGGUUCAUAUGCCGGGAGUUAUGGCUACUCUCAUGGAUCAGGACAUGGAGGCGGCGGCGGCGGCGGUGGUGGGGGUGCUCAGAUUUACAAAGUCAUUCUAGAGGAAGCAGCUGGGGGUGGUGGUGGAUCCUAUGGCGGCGGCCAUGAUGCUGGUCAUUACCAUGGUGGUGGGGCAGGUGCCGGAGGAGAUGCUCAAAUUUUCAAGGUGAUAACAGAAAGCGGCGGUCAUUCCCACUCUGGCGGUUCUUCAUAUGGUGGCCACUCCCAUGGGUAUUCGGGAGGUUCAUCAUAUGCUUCUGGAUAUUCGCACGGUAGCAGCGGAUAUGGCGGAGGCUCUUUCAGUGAUGGUGGUAUUUUGCCUCAAAUUAUUAAACUUGUAAUAGAAGAAGAAAAUGGUUUUGGCGGUGGUGCAGGCGGCGGUAUUGGCGGCGGCGGCGGCGCCGGCGGUGAUGCUGAUUACAAUGCUCAAUUGGUUGCUCAUUACGGUCAAAAGGGUAGCGCUGUCGUUAAACGUAGCCACGGUGAUAAUAGCUAUUUCAAAGGUGGCCGAGUUGUACAGAAAGGAGUUCUCAAGAUGACAAGGGUCGAAGAAAGUCCAUCGGGCGGUGGUGGUUCCCAGGGAUCAUCGGGAGGCCAUGGUGCAUCAUCACAUGGCCCCUCACCACAUGGUGCAUCUUCACAUGGUCCACCCCCACAUGGACACCCACCUCAUGGUCACUCGUCGCAUGACCACCCACCACAUGGAUCAUCUUCAUAUGGUCCUCCUGCACCUGGUCAUAGUAUUUCUUACCCACCUCAUCCACCAAGCAGUUGGUGA